UACCCAGCACAGUGUUUGUUAUAUAGACAGGAUACUAGAAACUAUUGAAACACUUUUGAAAAUAAUUAAAAUGAAAUUUUCUAUUAUUUUCCUUUUAAUGACCAUAUUUAUGGUUUCAAACUUACAACAAUAUCAAGCAGAAACCUUAGAUCCAAAAAAUGACUAUACAUUUAAGGAUAAUAAACAGGGUCAAGAAGUGUUGGUGGUGCCAAGAGACGUAAAACAUAAUGAUAAGGGGGAUAAGGAUAAAACAGUUUUAGAAAAAGCUACUCAUUUAAAUGAUAAUAAAUCUGUAACAACAAACACUGCUGCCAAUGAGAAAAUUGGCAAUAAUUUGAAAAAUUCAACAACACAUUUGAAGGAUGAUAAAGGGGUAAAUGCUACAAAAGCUACAAAUGCUACAAAUUCUAAAGUUGAGGUUGAGAUGUCAGGUAAUGAGUAUAAUUUGUGGGAGAAAUUUAAACAACUAUUUGGUUGAUAUAUAAUUGAAUAAGAAUAAUAACUUUUUGUAUUAUUACUAACUAUUGUUAUGUUGUAAUAAAACUAUAGUUAUGUAUUUGAAAA